UCGUUUUAUUAUCACACUUGAAAAUUAACCGGUCGGGUCACAAUUUUUAUAAGUAAUUAUUUUUUACUAAUAAAUAAAAUUUAUAAACAAUGGGUGAAGUGACACUUAAUAGAGACGAAAACGAGGAAGGAGUUGAUGGAGAUGGAAAAGAAAUGAGUUAUGAAGAAAAAGUAAAUAAUUGUAAUCCUAUUGCUCAACCCAUGGCUCCUAAAAAACUAACCAAGAAAAUUUAUAAAUGCAUUAAAAAAGCAUCAAAACAGAAAACUUAUUUGAGAAAUGGACUCAAGGAUGUUCAGAAGCAUCUUAGAAAAGGCGAGAAAGGGAUCGUUAUAUUUGCUGGUGACGUAUUUCCGAUUGAAAUAAUGUGUCAUUUACCCAUAGUCUGUGAAGACAAAGAGAUUCCAUACUGUUUUGUACCAUCGAGACAAGAUAUCGGUACUGCGAUGGGUGUAAAAAGAGGCAGCUUGAUGGUUUUAAUCAAAGAACAUGCUGAAUAUAAGGACAUUUAUGAUGAAGUAAAAGAAGCUAUAAAACUUCUUGCGUCUCCGCUGUAGAAUUAAAAUCAUCACUAUUUUUUAUAUUAAGAAAUAUGAAUUUUCUUAUCAUGUAAGAUUAAGAUUAUUAAACUGUAUUAAUUAACGAAAAAACAAUAAAUUUUCUAAUUAAAAAAAAA